UUUUCCCAGUCGCUUAUCUGCCCUUGGCGCCUGUCUCUCACAACAGAGAAGAAGAAGAAAAUAGGGAACCACCUGUGCCGAUCCUAAACAUUUUGUUUUGGUAUACAAGGUUUAUUCAAUUAUUUUCUUUUUCAUUUUAAUUUGUCCGCCAUAGUUGUUAUCUCUGUUGAACUAAGAUAUACGAUGUUAAAAGGGUACUGUUUUUGUAUAUAUGGCAGGAAAGUAACCGUGUUGCUGAUUUGCUGUAGUGGGUAUCAAAAUUUUCCCGGAUUGUAAAUUGGGUUCUUGACCAUAAAGAGAAAGAAUUGGUGAAAAACAUUAAUGGGGAAUAAUAUGAGGGAAGAAAUCAUGAUUUUGGAUUGGAACCAGGAGCCUCAUGAUUCAGUGAUCAGAUUAGAAUCCAUACUCAAUGAGCUUGAAACUGCCAAUGGACGCAUUGAAGAACGCAUUGAAGAACGCAUCAGACUACUAGAAGCAGUCACCUUCAGGGCUAGGCAGCGUGAUAGGUGGCUACAACCUCAUGCUUCCCCUCAGAUGGUGAAUAUCACUGCAGGAGUUGGAGCUUCUGAUGCACUAAAUGAAGGCAUUCAGAAUGGGAACGAUGCUCUAGCUACCCAAGAAACAGUGGAAUCUGGCAAAACCAACAGAGGUGACAAAAUGCAUUUGGUAGCCAAGGCACUGGGGAUGGAGACGAAUGCUAAAAAGGCAGAGUCUCGUUCUGGGAGCUUCUUUGAUUGUAAGAUAUGCUUCGACAUGGCAAGAGAUCCUAUAUUGACAUGUUGUGGUCAUUUGUUUUGUUGGCCAUGCUUCUGUCAGUUGCCAUAUGUGGAUUCAUAUGCAAAGGAAUGCCCUGAGUGUAAAGGAGAAGUUACUGAUAAAAGUCUAAUCCCAAUUUAUGGGAACGGGGAUGGUAACUGUUCUCGCAAGUCAAAGGAGUCUGUUCCGAUGGCCCCUCCUAGGCCCCAUGCAAACAGGAUUGAUGGUUUUAGGCAACAGCUUAUUAGUCGAGGAACAUCUUCUAUUUUGAUUGAAGAAAGGAUUCAGCAAAUUAGUGACAUAGUUGGUGCAAUGGGGGAGAGAAGACGGUCACAGGAUCUUCUCGGUUCACAUAUCAUGGCUGAAAGAACUACUUUCGUGCCCAGAUCCCAGGCAUCACCUGCCACUGAGACAACAAGCCACCCGCAGCAUGAUUCCCUUCAAGUUUCAAGAUUAUUACAAGGAGCUGCUUCAGUAUCUUCCUUUUCUUCAGCAUUGAAUACUGCAAUGAAUUCUGCAGAAAGAUUAGUCGAGGACCUCGAGGCAUACAGUAGUAGUCACCAUGUGAGAAGAAACCAGCAACAAUCUCCACAUAUUGGUAAUGGAGAUACAUCUUCAAGCAUCGCUGCAGUUUUACACCCAGAUAGCCAGACUUCUGAUACUGCAGCUGAAAUCAAUUCUGAUGUGCUCCCUUCUGAUUCUUUUUUAAGAACUGAUACUGUUGUUGUGGACUUGGAAGACCAGACAACGGAUUCAGAAAUAAAUUCUACAUUGCCCUCUUCUUCUUCUCGGAGAAGAACUAAUCCAAGAGGUUCUGACGUAAACAAUGGACAUUCAUCUGAACGUAGAAGGAGAAGGUUGAGAUAAACAAAAAGCUGUUUCCCUGGAGAAAUAGAUCAAAAUGAUGCAAGGUUCCUCAUUGUGAUACUGACGUUUGCAGAAGGUUUCAGAUUUUUUCUUCAUAUGGCUGUGUAUGCCAACCAUGUAUGAAGUUCCGACUGCUGUUAAUAGCAUUUUUGAAUUCAUUCUGUAAAAAGAUAGUCAAAUGUGUUGUAUGGCAUCUGGUUAUGAAUAAGAACACAGUCAUGUCUUCUUAUUUCCAAGAAUUGAACUUUCCAUGGAAUUUUCAGUGUUGUCCUCAUUCAAAGGAUGUAUUGAUGAUAGUUUCUGGUGUUGUGCCA